GCAGAUGAUGUUCCCUCACCUGCUCGUAGUGCGGUGUGACAGCUGGUACCUGAACAAUCAUGGAACAACCUUACUACUGAAUGGGUAGGAGUCUUGUCUUCUGCACGUACUGUACGUGCUGCCCCAAAGACCCCAGGGGAGGCGUCAUUAUCGAUAAGAAACCGCUCUCUCAACGGUUGCUGCCACAACCUCGCCUUCAGUCGCCAUCGACGCGAUAAGUCGUUGGAUCUCCGGCGCAUCAUAACCCCCUCACAGAAACAGCGAGACCAUCCAGAUACGCUGUUCUCUAGACGUUUCCAGUUGAACUGCAACCAUGUUCCAACCAACAUGUUGUACCUGCGCGUCCCUGCUCCCGGCCGUGCCCCGCGUCUCCAGCUCUUCCCCGUCUGAGAAGCCCGUACCCGAUGGCAGACGUCUAAGUUGCUGCGGUCGUAUCAUCUGCGGUGUUUGCAUACAUAACAACCCCCGCUUUUCUAGUUACUGCCCCUACUGCCAAACCUCAGGCGCACCUCUUCCCCUCAGCGACCGCUUCGAGGUCCGGCCGAGGCGAAGCGAAGCGGAAGCGGAAUUGCAGUCAGAAAGCGAUCAUCCGCCUCCAUAUUCCGCCAUCGCCCAGACAAUCAAGGUCAAGCUCAACACAACCGAGCCAGCAGACCCUCCACCACCGUACUCCCCCUCCUCCUCCUCCUCCUCCUCCCCCACCAUCUCCUCGUCGACGCCCCGACCCAGCUCUCCGAAGCAACCACCCGCGAUAGACGAGAAAGCGACCGCCCCCGCCGGCUACGCGAUCCAUCACCUUCGCCAUCCCCCGCACCCGCACCCGGACACCCUGGCAUCGAUCUCCCUCCGCUACGGCAUCCCGCUCCCCGUCCUCCGCCGGCACAACAACCUGCCCAGCGACGCCGACUACCUGCUGGCCGCUCGGAACACCGUGCUGAUCCCGGCCGCGUACAUCAUCGCCGCCGCCGGCGGCGGCAGCGCCCCCGACGGCACCCCCGCGAGUGGCGAGGCGAGCCUGUCGCCGCACCCGGUCGAGGACGCGGCCGAGCGGGGGCGCAAGAAGAUGAUCCGGCGCUUCAUGGUAGCCUGCAAGGAGGCCGACUACGACGCGGCGGUUGUCUACCUGGAGCAGAGCGGGUACGACUUUGAAGAGGCGGUCGCGCGGCACCGUGAGGAUGCCGAAUGGGAGCGGAGGAACCCCUUACAAGCCGGCCAGAAGAAGGGGAUGGGGAGGUAUAGGAGUAGCAGGAGCCUGUUGUCUAGGGAUAGUGAAGGAAGUAGGGGAGGGGGACGAGGGUCCCUAUUAGGUUGGUUGAAGGGUCGAGAAAGAGCUUCGAAGGAUUGGAACCGGGGAUGAAGCAAAGGAAGAAGGAUAGAUGGGUUCCAACGAACGCGCAA